UUAUUCUCUCUUCAUUUUCUUACAAAAAAAAACCCAAAAAAAAAAAUUAAAACCUCUCUUCACAUUCUCUCUCUCUCUCCAAUGGCGGCGGCGACACUAGGCAGAGACCAGUACGUCUACAUGGCGAAGCUCGCCGAGCAAGCCGAGCGCUACGAAGAAAUGGUCCAAUUCAUGGAGCAGCUCGUCACAGGCGGCGCCACUCCAUCGUCAGAGCUCACCGUGGAGGAAAGAAACCUCCUCUCGGUAGCCUACAAGAACGUGAUCGGAUCUCUACGCGCCGCGUGGAGGAUCGUGUCGUCGAUCGAGCAGAAGGAAGAGAGCAGGAAGAACGAGGAGCACGCGACGCUCGUGAAGGGUUACAGAUCUAAAGUCGAGACGGAGCUUUCCUCGGUCUGCGAAGGGAUACUAAAGCUUCUUGAUUCGCAUCUGAUUCCCUCCGCGGCGGCGAGCGAGUCGAAGGUGUUUUAUUUGAAGAUGAAGGGGGAUUAUCAUCGGUACAUGGCGGAGUUUAAGUCUGGGGAGGAGAGGAAAGCUGCUGCUGAGGAUACUAUGGGUGCUUAUAAGGCAGCUCAGGAUAUUGCGGCUGCUGAUAUGGCGCCUACUCAUCCAAUAAGGCUUGGUCUUGCUUUGAAUUUCUCGGUGUUUUACUAUGAGAUUCUUAAUUCUUCAGACAAAGCUUGUAACAUGGCCAAACAGGCUUUUGAAGAAGCUAUAGCUGAGCUUGACACAUUGGGGGAAGAAUCCUACAAAGACAGCACUCUCAUUAUGCAGUUGCUCAGGGACAAUCUUACCCUAUGGACCUCCGAUAUGCAGGAGCAGAUGGACGAAGCCUGAGGAUCUUGAGCAGGGAGUGCUAUGUGUUUCCGCCACCCAUUUAGAUCUCAAAAUCCCCAUAACCUUUGCUCAAAACUGUUGGAAAACAAUAUUUAAGUGUUUAUUAUGAGUAUGUGCACAGCUUGGUGAUUUUUUUUUUUAGUUUUGUCUACUCUAUUAAAAAGUCUUCUAAAACUCUGUUCUAUCUAUCGAGUCUUGACUAUGUUGAGCUUUGAAAACCUCCUUUCUUCUUA